AGAUCGAUAGACAGGGAUCCAUGCACACGCCAUGUUCCGGGCGAGCCGCUUCACGUGGUCGGCCGCCGCUCGCGCUCGGCUCGCCGUGGUUGACUGCUACCUUGGGAGUAGCUAGCUAGCUACGCGGCGGUUGUUGGCCGCUGGAAUCUGUUUAGGUGCUAACCUUAGGUUACGCAUUGAAAUAUACCUAUUAUACGCAUGAGUGAGACUGAGACAGGGCGGCGGCCGGCGCAGCAAUGGGGAAGGCGGCGAGGUGGCUGAGGUCCUUCCUGGGCGCCGGCGGGAAGAAGGAUUCCAAGAGGGACAGCAGGGCGACGACGCACGCCGAGGCGCCGUUGCCGGGAGCGACCCCGAAGGAGAAGAUCAGGUGGAGCUUCCGGCGGCCCGUGGUGCUGCCAGCGGCAGCCGAGCAACUGGCCGCCAGUGCCGCCGUAGGCGCGUCCCGGCCACGGCCGGCGCCGGAGCCGGAGACGGUGGUACUGUUCGAUCAGAAGAAGCACGCCGCGGCAGACGUGGCGGCGGCCACGGUUGUGCGUCUCUCCUCUCGCAGCAAGGCGCCGCCGCCUGCGAGCAUCAUCCUCGCCGAGGCGGCGGCGGCUGUCAGGAUCCAGGCAACAUUCAGAGGCUAUCUGGCAAGGACGGCGCUGUGCGCGCUGCGGGGCAUAGUGAAGCUGCAAGCCGUGGUGCGAGGGCAGCUGGUGAGGAAGCAGGCCAAGGCGACGCUCCGGUGCAUGCAGGCUCUCCUGGCGGCGCAGUCCCAGCUGCGCGCGCACCGGAUGCGCUUCCUCCAGAUCCAAGUCCCAGACCAGCCGCCACCGCCCAGCAGGCCGCGGCACCACCCCAGGCACCGCAGACCCUCCUACGAAACGAACAUGAGGUCGUGCGAGGAGAACGCCAAGGCCGUGGAGACGGACUACAGCGGCGGCAAGGGCGACAGGCAAAGGCAGUGCUCGCCGGCGCCGUCGUCGGGGAUGACGACGGAGCUGAGCCCGACGAUGGCGAGCAGCUGGCACCUGGAUGCGUCCAGCAGCCCACAGUCCCAGAACGUGUCGGCGGGCGCGGACCCGCCGAGCUACAUGGGGAACACGGAGUCGUCGAGGGCCAAGGCGCGGUCGCAGAGCGCGCCCAGGCAGCGCGCCAUGGCCAUGGACGCGCACGCGCACGCGCAGCUGGAGCGGCAGCCGAGCGGCAGGAGGAAGGGCGCCGAGCACAGGAGCGUGCCCAGGGGCGCCAGGAUGCAGCGCUCCUCCUCCCAGCAGCAGCAGCAGCAGUCCGGCAGCUCCUCGUUCUUCCGGCCAUGGUCGUCGUCGGUGAAGCUGGACUCGUCUAGCGCCUCGCUCAGGGACAGGGACAGGGACAGGGACAGCGAGUGCGGGUCCACCACCAGCUCCGUCCUCACCGCCGCCACCACCGUCUACAGCCGGACCCGCUCGCUCGUCGGACUCGAGGUACGCAGGGGCCUGUACUGAUUGAUUAUACUGCCAACGGUAUCAAGAUUCAGGAAGCCACAACUACUCCGUACUAUACUAUCCGGAAGAAGAAUCGUAGGGCGGGAAUUCUUCGUUUGUUCCGGGUUUGAUGGUCUCAUUGAAUUGCUGAUGGGAAAUUAGCUGAGUUUUAGUUGAGAGUGCUGUAUGUACAUACAUACUACGGGCAAGUCAAGUGUACAUUUUAUAUAGGGCAUUGAGUUGUGAUGAUUCUUGCAAAUGUGUUGAUGUAAGAGAAUUACCACAUCAGUAAUAGUGGAGUGUAGUAUCGCAAAGGGUUGUACUAGUUGCACAGUGUAAUAAGCUCGGGAUUGAGCGAUCAAUAGUUUCAGCACGGCUUCUUCUGAUUC